UACAUAGACAUAUAUAUUGCUGUCUGCCCAGAGUUUCAGAACUGAAUGUGGUGUCCAAAGAUGAAAUGGACCUUUUUGUAGCCUCACCGCUUUCUUAUUUACAGUAGCCAACAGCCAAAAAACACCGCUUUUCCUCUCUCUCUGUCUCCUCUCUCCACAUUUCACCAAUUCAUUCUGGGCUUUCAGUUUCAGUUUUGUUUUGUUGAUAUAGAGGGAGAGAGAGAAGAAAAGAAAAAAAAAGAAAAGAAAAGAAAAAUGAUGACCAACUUAGUUUCCAAGUCGUGCUUGUUUUUGGGAUUGGUUUGGCUUCUGGGUUUUCAGCUGAUUCAAUGUAGUGUUACUUAUGAUAGGAAAGCCAUUGUGAUCAAUGGGCAAAGGAGAAUUCUCAUGUCUGGUUCUAUACAUUACCCCAGAAGCACCCCUGAGAUGUGGGAAGAUCUGAUUCAGAAGGCAAAAGAUGGAGGCCUAGAUGUGAUUGAAACCUAUGUUUUCUGGAAUGUCCAUGAGCCUUCUCCUGGCAAUUACAAUUUCGAAGGGAGAUAUGAUAUUGUGAGGUUCAUAAAACUAAUACAGAAAGCAGGACUCUAUGCUCACAUUCGCAUUGGACCUUAUGUCUGUGCAGAGUGGAAUUUUGGAGGGUUUCCUGUUUGGCUUAAGUAUGUUCCUGGCAUCAGCUUCCGAACAGACAAUGAGCCUUUCAAGAGGGCAAUGCAAGAAUUUACCGAAAAGAUUGUGGGACUUAUGAAGAAUGAAAAUUUGUUUGAGACCCAGGGUGGGCCCAUCAUACUCUCUCAGAUUGAGAAUGAGUAUGGAGUACAGAGCAAAUUAUAUGGGUCUGUUGGUUAUAAUUAUAUGACUUGGGCUGCAAAUAUGGCUGUUGGGUUGGGAACUGGCGUCCCAUGGGUGAUGUGCAAGGAAGAAGAUGCUCCGGAUCCAGUGAUAAACACAUGCAAUGGUUUCUACUGUGAUUCUUUCUCUCCCAACAAACCCUACAAACCUACCAUUUGGACAGAGGCUUGGAGUGGUUGGUUUUCGGAGUUUGGUGGUCCACUGCACCAGCGACCAGUUCAGGAUUUGGCAUUUGCAGUUGCUCGAUUUAUACAGAAAGGAGGAUCCUUUGUUAAUUACUACAUGUAUCAUGGGGGAACCAAUUUUGGGCGCACAGCUGGAGGCCCUUUCAUCACUACCAGUUAUGACUACGAUGCUCCAAUAGAUGAAUAUGGUUUGAUUAGGCAACCAAAGUAUGGUCAUCUUAAGGAGCUUCAUAGGGCUAUUAAGAUGUCUGAGCGGGCUUUAGUUUCAGCGGAUCCUAUCGUCACUUCUCUGGGGAGUUAUCAACAGGCUUACGUAUACACUUCAGAAUCAGGAGACUGUGCUGCCUUCCUCUCAAAUUAUGAUACACAAUCAGCAGCAAGAGUGAUGUUCAAUAACAUGCACUAUAACUUGCCUCCGUGGUCCAUUAGUAUCCUCCCUGAUUGUAGAAAUGUGGUCUUUAAUACUGCAAAGGUUGGAGUUCAAACAUCACAAAUGCAAAUGUUACCAACAACUAGCAAAAUGUUCUCAUGGGAGAGCUAUAAUGAAGACACCUCUUCCCUGGAUGACAGCUCAACAAUCACAGCUCCUGGUCUCUUAGAACAGAUAAAUGUCACAAGGGACAGUAGUGAUUAUUUGUGGUACAUAACCAGUGUUGACAUCGGUUCAUCCGAAUCCUUCCUGCAUGGAGGGGAACUCCCCACUCUCAUUGUCCAAUCAACAGGCCAUGCUGUGCAUGUGUUUAUUAAUGGACAGCUUUCAGGUUCUGCCUUUGGAACAAGGGAGAAUAGGAGAUUCACAUAUACUGGCAAGGUCAACCUACAUGCUGGAACAAACAGAAUUGCGCUGCUGAGUGUUGCUGUUGGGUUGCCUAAUGUAGGAGGACACUUUGAGACAUGGAACACUGGAAUCCUUGGUCCAGUUGCACUACAUGGGCUUGACCAGGGAAAGUGGGACUUGUCAUGGCAGAAAUGGACCUACCAGGUCGGGCUCAAAGGAGAAUCCAUGCAACUUGUCACUCCAAGUGGUCUUUCUUCAGUUGAAUGGAUGCGAGGAUCAUUAGCUGCACAGAGGCAGCAGCCAUUAACUUGGCAUAAGACUUAUUUUAAUGCACCCGAAGGAGAUGAGCCUCUAGCUUUGGACAUGGAGGGCAUGGGAAAAGGUCAAAUAUGGAUUAAUGGGCAAAGUAUUGGGAGAUACUGGACUGCUUAUGCUAGUGGUAAUUGCAAUGGUUGCAGAUAUACUGGUAAUUAUAGACCACCAAAGUGUCAAGUUGGUUGUGGCCAACCCACACAACGAUGGUACCACGUGCCUCGGUCUUGGUUGAAGCCAACACAGAAUCUGUUGGUACUUUUUGAGGAACUUGGAGGAGAUCCUUCAAGAAUUUCUCUGGUGAAGAGAUCGGUGAGCAGUGUCUGUGCUGAUGUCACAGAGUACCACCCAACGAUAAAGAAUUGGCAUAUAGAAAGCUAUGGAAAAUCAGAAGAGUUCCACAGUCCCAAGGUUCACCUGAAGUGUAGUCCAGGCCAGUCAAUCUCUUCCAUCAAAUUUGCAAGCUUCGGAACAGCUUCAGGAACUUGUGGAAGUUACCAGCAAGGAGUUUGCCAUGCACCUACCUCAUUUUCUGUCAUAGAGAAGAGAUGUAUUGGGAAACAGAGAUGCGCGGUGACCAUAACCAACAGUAACUUCGGUCAAGAUCCAUGUCCAAAAGUGUUGAAGCGGCUAUCAGUAGAAGCUGUUUGUGCUCCCACAACUUUCACAACCAGUAACCCAGUUGGAGGGGGUAACUAGGAAAAAGAUACUGCUACUCAAAAUGUUGUGCAUCUAGUAACUUUGACUAUAUACUAGCAGCAAAAGAAGGAAGAAAAAGAAGAAUAAAAGGAAAAAGGUACAGAGAAAAAGUGGGAUUUUAGUUAGAUGGAGUGGCAUAGUUUUUUUUUUUUUUUUUUUUUUUUUUUUUUUUUUUUUUGUUUCAGGUGCAAGUAGGUAAUGUCAAGGGUGUUGUUUAGUGUUUACCGCCAAAGGCAAAUUAGUGGUUAAUUUAUAAGGGGAUUAAUGGGAUUCCCUGUAAAUUUAGUGAGUGUAGUUGUUUGAGUUUGUAUAUUCCUAGGGUCUCACAAUUUGGGUCCCUUAGGUAUAGAAUCAAAGGCCCCGGUCCCCGGCCUUUUUACGGGAUAUGGGCACUGGGAAAAUGAAUGAUAUCAUUUUUAUGGAGUGAUUUUAUUCUCGUGUUUGAAUCAUUUUGGGGGCAAAAAAUCAAAACCUCCAAAGUUAAAUUUAGGUUCAUGUUGGGAGAGGAUCCUAGUAUGACCAAUGUUUUCUUUUAGUACCUGAAGAAACUAUAAAAGAGCCUUCAGUCUUUCUCCA